GUUCCCAUACAAUGGUAGGCUCGAAAAGAAUCUCACAUUCACAACAAACAUGGCGACCGGAUGCUAAAUGAUCGUAGCAGAUUCGUCAAGAAAUAGGCCGAUCGAAAGGACACCCCAGCUUUUAGGUAUAAAUUACUUCUAGUUCUUCUUUGAAUGCAUCAUGUAGAAGCUUGUUAAGUUUGUGAAAAAACGUUUGGAAGCGACGUAGGGCGACAGCGUGAACUGGCUUGCUCAUUUGCAGCUGUGAAAUACUCUAGAGUUCCAGAUCAAGAAAUGCCGACAAGAAAAAAUCAACCGUGAUCGCCGAGUUUAAGAGAAGAAAAACAUGUCCAAGCAUCGAUCUACUCGCUCCGAACAAUUUAGUGCAAAAAUCCAUGGACUUAGGGAAAUAUACAAAAGAUUGGACAGCAAGACUCUGCCAUUACCGACUGGGAAUGAUGUUGCAAACUUUCUCACAUGGUUUCAAGAUGUGCUUCAAGGCAUUGUCAAGGAGGACAGACCAAAAUUGAAACCAGACAAGGACUGCUUUGAUUCUGAGAAUCACCCCUCGAUGGCCUACGCAGACCUCUACCACGCCCUGGUCAAACUGGCCAGGGUGGUACCUGUAGUCGAGCUUGGAGGGGAAGCAUUUGCCAAGAGCAUCCUAUCCAUUAUGGCAUCAUUGAUCCCAUUUCUACCAAAGGACCAGUUGAAUUCCCUCCCUCUUACUUUGGCUAUAAAUCUUGCUACCUGGCCAGAGACCAUGCAUUUCAUGAUACUCAAUCUUCUUUGUGGAUACGUCAUGCCAACUGUGCUAUAUUUGCUGCAUCCACCGCCCGGUCGACCCUCCUAUGCCUCCUUGGCAUGUCCAUCACUUAUCAUGACAGUCCUCCAGCACUGUCCAGACUCUAAACAACAAGCUCAGUUUGUGGAAGCACUAAUGCAGUGCAAACCAGAUGUAUGUAUGGACCUUUUAGCCGUAGUGGCAUAUGGGCCUCAACCCAUCCUCAACUCCGCUGGACAGAUUCUUCUUCAUUACUUUCCUCUUUGGACACAAGGUGGCGCUGAUGACUGGCAAUAUGUCUAUGAAUCCUGGUUUCCCUCCAAAUGCCAAAACAAGGAUUGUUCAUCCCCAAACCAAGGUCACUGCGCCUACAUUUGCUACGAUGCCUGCUAUGCUGCAAAGAAUUGUGACAUACCUCCGCCUGCUUUCAUCUGUGCAAAAUGUAAUGAGGAAGCAGAGAAGGAGUUGGCGGAUUGUCCAGAAUUCCUGGUGAAGACUGUUCAGCCACUGGGCCCAGUACCUACCAAAUGCCAAGGCCCUUCUUGUAAAGGCCAGGGCAAGCCUAGUGCAGUCAUGUGUUUUUCGCCAGAAUGCGCAACACUCAAUAGGAAAAGAGGAGCUGCUCUGUGCCAGGAGUGUAACGUCCUGUAUCACGAAAACGAGAAGGGCGGGGCACGACACGUGGUGCAAACACUGUUCCCAGACCCCUGGUCCAUGGAGGGUUGUGACCAGGCCUACGCGACCGAAGCCGUCGUCCGUCUGCUUCGUGAAGCCAAGCCUUGUCAAGGAACGAGAUGUGAAGCUAUGGGACUUGCAGGAGACGUAUUGAGACUUGAGCAAGUAGACGACGAAAUCGACAACGACAUCAACAAUCGGCGCAUGCUCAGUCGGUUUGGCAUCUGGCUACUUGUGGGCAUAUGUAGCGACCCCACAAAGUGCGAGUCACCUGAGAGGCUUGGGCGACUUGUUGCCAUGGUAAUUGCCUGGAUUGACACCACUUCGUCUCUGAUGCGAGACUAUGUGGGUGAGCUGCUAAAAAGACUUGCAUCUCAGCACGCCAGUAAGUGGUUGAGCGCUGUUCGCGAUGAUAAGAUGGAGUUAUUCUGUGCGUGCAUCUCUCCAUCUCCGCCUGAAUACGCCAGAGUAGGCACCUGUUGGGAUGCGCUAACAAGUACUGUACGGCAAUACGUAGAAGGGCUUCACCGAAUCUGUUGCCUCAUACCGUUUGACUUGCUUAAUAUUGAGGUGUGGGAGACGGUCAUGCCAUUGUGGAUGGAUGCCAUUAAAGCCGAUGUUCCACCAGAGGAUCUUCCCAAGUUCAAGGUUCUGCUUUGCAAACUGUUUGACCCGCUCUUGUCACCAUUCAAAUGGCCGGCAGAGAUUAGUCUUGGCUUCGUGAAAAAGGCCGUCGAGUCGUCCAAUCACACACAGCUAGUACAGGGCCUCUCGUGGCUACAGAUGCUGUCUACAGAAGAAGUGAUCAUCAAAGUCCAUAUGUUGACCAACAUGUUUCUUAAGGCUAUCCAGAGCUACACCGAGUUCCCAGAGUCUGUACCGACCAUGUUCCCAUUUCCACAAUCACAAGCACCGCAGACUAACGAAACGCCGGGCUCACCCGACACUCCGCCUGUCAGCGCAGCCAGUACCAAUAUGUCCGCUGACUUGACUGAGGUCAACACCCCGCUCUCGUCGUUCAUUCUUAUGCUGGACUUACUGGUCAAACAGGUUCAGCUGCAGUUUCAGAGAGAACGGCGCAUGCUCAGUGCUGCCGAGCGUGAGGAGAUCAAGAAGCUCAUCAAUAUGAUGUUGGACGUGACAUGGACGGGGGCGCAUGGAGACCACUCGAUCACGUGUCAACAGUGUGAGAUGGUGGCCGUCUGGUUCAAGUUGGCGCAUAUGUUGCUGGAGUCUGUUUUUCCUCCAGGCGAGGUUGCUGCCGAGGACACACUUCACGCGGUGGCUUAUGGGUCGAUUGUGCGUGGAAGUUCCAGUAGCAAGGGAGCCUCGUUUCGAAGCACAGGUUCUCGUCAGAGCGUGCAAAUAGCAUCCGAAACCAUCGAGGAAGAAGUCUUUUUUGAGACAGUCACGGCCAACACGAACGCUUCUGCCAAUGGCUCUGACAGUUACCAAGGCGACCUGGACUCAGAGGGUCUAGCAAAUCAGGGCGACGGUCAAACAGACUCUGCGGACAGCGGUGUCGCGAGCAUGCGCGGUGGCAACGGUAUCGGGUCGUGGAGGAGUGGGUCGAGUUCAGUCAGCUGGAACGCGGUGUUCGAGAACAAUCCUCAUCUACAGCUACUGAUUGGUCUAUUGAAGGAGUUACCAAAGCAAGAAGACCACAUCGUUCAGCUGAAUGUGCUCAAGUGUCUACAAGUGCUUGUUUUAAGAGGGGACUACCUGCGCGUUGCCAUGGAAGCGGAGCCGGACUUCUUGGCCUACCUACAGGAGAUAUUCUUUAUUCCUAAUCUGUGGGAGCUUCUUCAGGCGGAGCAUUCGGACCUAUCUGAGAUCGCCACGCGGAUUUUGCUCCACUGCAUCUGUCUUCCCUACGGCGCCGAGAAGCUUUGUGACAACGUGGAGAGUGCUUUCACCGAGCACGAUUGGCGCGUUCGCUUCGCGGGCGUAGAAAAGGUAACGGUGUUGGCACGUUUCCUAGAGAAAGAGAACGUAAAGUCCAAUAACAUCGCGAUGUCUGCGCUUGCGCAAUGCUUCACUUUCCUUGUGGGCGCGGUCGAGGAUGUUUGUACCCCGGUGUCUACCCGAGCUAUCGCCAUGCUCGACACAAUCAAGGCGUCCGCGCUCAAGAUCCUGUACUCUUGCAUCGAGCACCAGUAUGACGCCAUGCCCAAAGACCGUCUUCUCCUGAUCCACACGUGCCGCAUCCUGCACCGCAUCCUACCCCACUACACCCCCCUGUGUGGCAUGUUCUUCAUCGGGCGCUUCAAGCACCUUCUGAUUGAGAACGCGGACUAUGUCUCUUUUGGGAGCCCAAAGAUCCGCUCUUCUGCUGGUGCUGCAUCUAACUACGUCAGCCCUAGUAGCGAGGUGCACACGCCUUUGGAGUCGGUGACUGACUCGGGCAAGAGGCCAGCGAUAUGGAGAUCUCAAUCCGGUAAGUCUGCAAUGUCGGCCGGACAGAGCCGGUCACUUCGCUUGUCCGAUAUGUUGGCCCUGAAUCGUCAGCCUCGGCCAUACAGCUCAUCAUUCCGCUGCAGCUACAUCUUCACCUUCAGCUCGAGUAGUGGUGAAAGCAUCAGCUACAACAAGCAGCCCCCUGCUUCGGAUGGUAACAGCACUGGUGGCAGCGGCAGGCAGCGUCGGACAGGAGGGUUUGGACAGAUGACCAGUGACCUUUCGGACCGCAUGUUUCUUGGAGGACGCGUCCAGAAUAAUCUACCGACAGUGAUUGAAGAGGGGGACUCGGAGAAGGGCGACAAGGAAUCCCAGAGGCUCUCGCACGCCUCUGAAGACUCGUCGCUAAGUCAGGAAGCGAGCCAGGCCGUCGCGGACAGCGGUAACCUCGAAGCAGCUGCCACUCACCAGCUUGUAACUCUGGUCAUGGACUUCCUAGCGUAUCCAGGCGCUAACAAGAACAGCAAGCGAGGCCAGUUCGUCCAGACGCAGAGUUUCGAGGUGGUAACCAUGAGCAAUUAUUUGGGAGUUUUAAUGGGCUAUGACAUCAAAGUUGGUGAAUUUACCGGAGAUCCUCGCCGACUAAGGUCGUUCCCAGUCUUCCACGCGUACAUGAGCGGCAUCGUGCAGGUCCUGGAUCAGAACCAGGAGUGGGGAGGGGAACUCCUGAACCUCACCCUUCAGCUGCUCCUCUUCUGCGCCGCGCCACGCCCAAUGAACCGGACCCAGGCCCCAGACUUUACGCUUAUCCGCCUGCCGCCGCCCAUGCGUAGGAUAUGGCUGCUUGCCGUUCUCAUCAUACUAUAUAAGUACCCUUUCCACGAAGAUUCCCACCGUAGGGACACUAGGAACCUUAUUGCUGUGGUGCUCAACACGCUUGAGUCCCAGAACCAUAAGUGCCCUGGCCCCAGGAGCGCGCAGGUGAAGCGUCAGAGUCUGUCUUUGCUGGACCUGGACACUUUGAACCCGGAUGAUGGAUGUGCCGCUAGGCCUGAUACUCCAAGCAGCCCUCGCGCGCGAAAAUUUGGCGAGACCAGUCGUACGUCACCAACCAAUAAAGAGCGGCUUUCGACAGGCUCGUCUGCCGAUCUUAUCGACAAGCCUUCCGACGACGAACCGACGACCAGCCGAACGGCAAUCGAAUCUAAAUCUCAACCAUUUGCCCUACACGAAACAUCUUUCGUGGGCCCCUUCAACAAACCCAUGACCAGCACCCCCAUGCUGGAGUUGAGUCCGACUAGCGGUCCGGGGGGGUCAAACUCAGGCGAGGAGGGAGGGGAGAGUAGACCGCUCAUUGACGGUGGUGCGGAAAAGAAGUUAAAGCGAGCCCAGGCCCUGUGUGCGCGUAACGAGAAUCGAGAGAAGCGUUCGUACUUCUAUAACCUGGCCCGACGAUAUAAGUCAGCUCUCACCUCUCUGCAUGUCUCCAUAGACUCCACUUCGAGUAAGGACACUAAAGAAAGUGUGGAGGGCAUUUUAUCACUGGGGCUGGAAGACACCACCAGAAAGCCAUCUCGCCCCAAGCUCCUUACUGGAAUGUCCUUCAGGUCCAUGGACAGGUCAUUGGAGAAGUCCCUCGAUAGACUGGGGGACCUAGUGGAUAAGGAGCCAGAACUACAGGAUAUUGACUUGGACUCAUGUCCCGAGUGUGGGGCCAGUCUGGAGGAGUUUGAGGAAGAGACGCUUAACUUGUCCAUCGUGGUGCUAUCCACCUACGUCCACCAGAGCCCGUCAAUGGCAAUGCCGUACCUGCUGAAGAUGUUAGAGUGUGUCGGAAGGAAAUGCGUCAAUCCUAUAUUUCCAUGGCAGGAUAAAAGUGAUGUACUGAUCCCAGGAUCGACCACGGAAGUCGCCAAGCAGUUUUUACGAUGUGUUCUCAUCAAGCUUGCUCCUAAUGGAAUCUUCUCCGAGCUCUUCAGGACAGCUUUCAGAUCGGAUGAUACACUUCUCAAGGCAGUCGCGUAUGCGCUUAACGACUUCUCGGCCUUUGAUCAGAUGUCGCCGAUCGCCUACCUUCUUGAGGACAUCCUAGGUUUCCGCACGCUUGGUGACCGUGUAAUGGUGUUACUAGCAAACCUCGCGACUUACUUCAAGCACGCGUCAAAGGAACCGACUAGCGCGUGGCAAAGUCAGCUGGCGCACUUUGAGAACUUCUUCCGCAAGCUGCCCUCGGUGCUGCCUGAAAACAGUGACUUCUCGCCUGCAUUUCAUAUCAUGAGUGAGAUCUUGACUGCGGCAAACUCCUCUUUCAAGGUCCUUCUUCAGCCGUUUUCGGUGGUCGUGACGUUCUCCAUCAAUAAGGGAUCCUUUCAUCUGCAGGAUCUGCUUGACUUGUGCUCCAAGUGUAACGAGACCUUUCCCAAAGAGCGUGACAAGCUGUUCCUGACGCGUGCCGUUGUCACGGAGCUAAUGCAUGCAGUUCGAUUCCGGUCAUACCUUCCCGACCUGAAUCUACAAUCCAUACUACAGUUCCUUGCGAUCGACGCGGGAAGCAGAAUCACCUUUGGUGGCGAUGGAGACCACACCGAGUACUCGCUCCCAUUUGGGUCUCGCACUCGUGCUAUGGACUGUAUGCAGCCGUAUUAUGGGGAAGCGAUAGAGUUUAUUCGAGACUGGAACUUUACUUCAAAAUCGAGUAACGAAAACCGUCGGUUGAGUGAGCCAAACCUAAACUUCGACACGGUCCCCAUCCACCUCAAGGCGAGCGUGGCUCAGCUGGCGGCAUUGGAGCUCACGAAACAGCCCAAGUCCGGCAAGCUGUACACCAAGGCCCUGAGCUGGCUCAAGAGUCCUCCCACACCGUCACAACUAGGGCCCAAAGAGCUGCUUGAGUGUGUAAGUAACAUGCGCCUGCUGACGUGGCUGCUGCACGGUUCUCUGUCCCACAUGGUACACUCUAAGAUCACUCACGCCAACUGCCAGCCCAUCUCCCUCGACGAGAACAUCCACAUCGCAGACUACGUGCUCAUCAUCUUAUUCAGCUUUGCUGAGCCGCUCAAGGAGUCACUGAAUGUGACGGCUCUCUACCAUGCCUUCCAUUUGUGCGAGCUGUGGACUCUGUAUUGCGACUACACUAAGCUUCAGGGGGAGUACGGGAUGGACCCGUCCACGCCAAUUGUGCUUGAGUUCUGGGGUAAAGUUACCCCCGGCAUCCUGCAUCUCCUGACUAAAGCAAAAGAGAUGAGUGACUUGGUCGGCCAUAACUUCCUCAAUCUUUUGGAAGCUCUUCAAGAAUGUAACUGCACGUCCUUGCCUAAGUUGUAUCCAAUGUGGCACUCGAUUUUGACGUUCUGCUUCUCGCUAAAAGGGUUGUCCGAAGGAUCUCAUAAUCGCUUGCGUAAAGCUCAAACACGCAGGCGUGUAAACAAGGACACACGCGCAGUGCUGGCGAGGUGGCUGAAACAACUGCAGUUCAAAAUCGCCCUGGCUGAGCAGUCAGCGGCGAACGGACAGACGCAAUUCUUUAUGUUAUAGAAUAAACGUGCUUCUUUCUAGGAAAGACGCGGUUCUAUGUAUGUUAUAGGGAAAGAUACGGUUUUAUAUAUAGGGACGUUGAAAUACGAAGACAGCUAGGAGGACGGCGACGGUAGAAGAGAAUGGAACUGGGAAUUCCAAAGCCGCACGUGAAAUUGCGUUCUGAACCGUCGUGGUUUGACGGGGAAUGACGUUGAAGCCCUCAAGUGUUUUUCACGGCCAUGUAGCGCGCGUACUUAUUUCAGCUAUAUAAUAAAGGGGGAAUAUAGAAAUCAA